UUAAUUUAUGAUAAUUUUUGGUAUAAUUGUUUUUUUGUAUGAAUUCUGUCCACGCCAAGCCAAUAUUGGACAGUUCCCUUUAUUACUUUUAUCCCCAUUUGUCUUGAAAGAUAUUAAUUUAUUCCCUCAUAUAUAAUUAUUUUAAAUAGGCAAGUAUUUAAUUUUCCUAGCUGGCAACUUAAUCACCACACCCAACAUCAAAGUGAAUAACGGAAAUUAAACCUUCGUGCCUUAAGAUUCAGUACAUAUUCGCAUGUGGUAUAUUUUAUAUAUUGCGCCCGCGUCAAUGAUCCAUGUCACUUUUACUCAUCAGGCCGCCAUCUUAAAGGCUGCCACAGAGCUUGUGUUGUGUUAAGUGAAAAUUGUGAAGUUUUAUAAAGCUAAUGCAACCAGUCUUCUGAUUUUUAUUAAGUAGCAAAUAUUAUAAACACAAUGAAUGCAGGCGAUGAAUCACAACCAGGGCCAUCUGGCUUACAAAAUCAACCCCAAUUACAAAUAUUGACAUCACAAAGGGGUAAGCGAUUGCUUCUUCGCGCGGGGCAUAAAUACAACGAAAAAAGAAAUAAUAAAGAUGGUACUACCACUUGGUACUGUAUAAAAAGGACCACGUGCAAGGCGGCACUAGUUACUUCUACUGACAACUCAAUUAAAAGAGAGGAUAUACACAAUUGUGAGCCUGAUUUCGCAUCCAACGAAUUAGAAAUACAACUUGGAAAGUGUAUUGAUAAAAUUACAUCGGACUAUACUAUUCCAGUGCCGAGUGCUUAUAGAGAAACUGUAUCAAAACUUAAAGACAGUGGAAUUAAUUUGAUUAAAAAAAUACCUGACUUUGUGAAUGUUAAAAAUAAGCUUUAUAAAAAGAGAAAUAAAUCAUUGGACGUCCCAAAAGUCUGUUUUAAAUCCCCAAGUGAAAUUAUUGUUUCUGAAAAAUUUAAAAAUUUUGUAUUAGCUGAUUAUAAUUAUAAAUCAAACAGAAUUCUAGUUUUUGCUAAUGAAAAUUGUAGAACAAUAUUAUCUCGCUCAAAUUUGACUAUUUUAUGUGAUGGAACCUUCAAAUGUUGUUUAAGGCCUUUUCAACAAUUGUACACCGUGCAUGUUGAUUUAGGAAGCAAUGAGAUGUAUAACAAUAUUAUGCCAGUGGUAUAUGCCUUGCUGCCAAGUAAAACAAAAAAUAUCUAUAACACUUUGUUUAACCUUAUCAAAAGCCAAAUCCCUCAAUUUAAUCCAAAAUUAUUUGUACUAGACUUUGAGCAAGCAGCAUUGUCCGCAAUUACAGAAACAUUCCCUGAAACACAAAUAAGUGGUUGUCAUUUUCAUUUUUCGAAAAGUUUGUGGCAAAGAGCUGACAAUUUAGGCCUAACCAAAUUUAAAUUAGCCAGAAAACAUAUAAAACGUUGCUCUGUUUUGGCGCAUCUACCUAAAGAAGAUGUAGAAAGUGGUUGGUUGUAUAUAAUGUCACAAUGUCCAAGAACUCCAAAUAUAGUCUCAUUCAAUGAUUAUUUUGUAGAAACGUGGUUAAGUGAAGAAUCAUUUUUUUUUAAUAAAUGGAACUGCUACAAUACACAACAUCGUACAACCAAUAUGAUUGAAAGUUGGCAUUCUACUAUUAACAAAAAAAUACCAGCCAAACCCAAAAGUAUAGCACAAUUUUUAACAAUAUUACAAAAAGAAGAUGAUUAUUUUAAUGUAUUAUACCAAAAAGGGUCUAACAUAACCAAAAAACUUAAAGAAACACAAGAAAUUGAUGAAAAUAUAUAUACUACCAUUAAUGAAUAUAAACAAGGGAAAAUAAAUAUAGAUCUCUGUAUCGAACGACUUGUUUUAUAAUUUUGUUAUUUAUCUAUUGCAUAAUUAUGACAAAUAAUACUAGUCAGUUGAUUGUAGUGAUUUUUCAAAAAAGUAAGUUUUUAAUUAAUCUGUGAUGUUUAAAAUGAUCUGUGAUUUUUUAAGUGAUUUAUAUGAUAGUAUAAAUAUUAGUGUGUAAGUUAAAUGAUUUAUGUGAUAAUAAAAACAUUAGUGUGUCUGUCAAACAUGUACUUUAAUAAUUGUCCAUACCGAUUGUUGAAUCCUAUUAGACUAAGCUUAUUUUUUUAUACAUCUAUGUUGAUUUUUUAAAUAUAUACAUGUUUUUAUAUUUUUAAGCUUGUUUUAUUUUACCUAUAGAAAAAUAUAUUUAAAAUCGAACCACUUUUGUACUUGACUGUACAAUAAUGCUUUUUAUUUUCAUUGACGGCCGAGUUGACGAAUACAAUAUACGAAAAAAUUACUUCGGCAACUCGACCGCGUGGCGCGGCCGAGUCGCAUAAUAAAAGAAUAAUUAAUAUUUUAUUUUCCCAACUCGGCCGCGCGGGCGAGUUUCUAGC